CCCGGAGGGGCGGGACCUCUCCAAGGACUGCCCACAUCGUCCUUGCCGGCCUGGAUCAAUAGAGUGGGCGGGGCGAUUCCGGCUCAGCCUGGGGCCGAUUCAAACUGAGGGAGGCAGGGAUUGGCUGAACCGGGCCAAACAGAGGAAAUCGUGCCGCUAUAGGCAGAAGUCAUGUGAUUGGCAGGCGGGAGGUCCCGCGUCCAGUUUCCAUUGAGUAACUCUGGACUUCAGAAUCGUAAGGAUGGGAGGAGAGGUCGUGUCUUCGGUGGGAAAUAGGAUUUGUGUGAGGAGUAAUUGUGAGCUGCAUUUCAAACCAGUUUGCGCCCGUGGGUGGAAUUCUAAAUUAAUUGGCCAACGGCUCAAGCUGAAAGCACUAGGGAUCCGCAGAAGGCCGGGUUUUGAUAAUCUAGCUCCCUAAACCAAUAAAAUAGCUGAAUUUAAUAGGAUAAUAUUCGUAAUACUGCUGAUUGAACGACAACAAAUUUCCAAUGGAAGUUAAUAAAGACUCAGUGAUCGGAGCACUCUAUAGCGACAGGCAUACCUUUAGACCAAUGAUCAAGUCGAUCCCGGUAAGUGGGCGUGCUCUGUAGCUGAGCGACAGGUUCCAAGAACCAGUGAGUGUCCUGAUACUGAGCCGCGACCAACCGGGAGGGCGGGUUCCCCCGGAGCAGCGCUGGGAGGCGGGAGGAAGGGAAGUGGGCGGAUCUCCGCACACCCGAGCGGAAGAGGCAGAUUCAGGAAGCCAUUACGCCGCUGGCUGGCAGCGGCUGGGCCGGUCGGCGCCGGGCCCUACGCACUUUGCGUAACGGAGGGGUUACCAAAGGCCUGGUACUUGGCCUUGGCCAACUCGGCCUAUCCCAUGUAGGGGGGUGUGCGAGGGGCGAGGCCGAGGAAGAAGAGAAGGGAAAUUGGGCGGUUGAAGGGAUUAUAAUUUCUUUAAAAAGAAGGGUAGGGAGAGGCCAUGGCCGUCCCAGCCAAGAAGAGGAAGAUGAACUUCUCGGAGCGAGAGGUGGAGAUCAUCGUGGAGGAGCUGGAGCUGAAGAAGCACCUGCUGGUGAACCACUUCAACGCCGGGGUCCCGCUGGCUGCCAAGAGCGCGGCCUGGCACGGCAUCCUGAGGAGGGUGAACGCCGUGGCCACCUGCCGCAGGGAGCUGCCCGAGGUCAAGAAGAAGUGGUCUGAUCUCAAGACUGAGGUCCGUCGCAAGGUUGCCCAAGUUCGGGCGGCUGUGGAGGGUGGCGAGGCCCCAGGGCCCAAUGAGGAAGAUGGAGCUGGCGGGCCAGGGCCAGGUGGUGGCAGUAGUGGCGGUGGCCCAGCGGUAGCCCCCGUCCUGCUCACCCCCAUGCAACAGCGCAUCUGCAAUCUGCUGGGUGAGGCCACCAUCAUCAGCCUGCCCAGUGCCACAGAGAUCCACCCUGUGGCCCUUGGACCCACGGCUACUGCAGCCGCAGCCACGGUCACCCUGACACAGAUCCCCACAGAGACCACCUACCACACGCUGGAGGAGGGGGUGGUUGAGUACUGCACCGCUGAGGCGCCCCCGCCCCUGCCAGCGGAGACCCCUGUGGAGAUGAUCGCCCAGCAUGCUGACCCCUCAGUCAAGCCACAGGCCCUCAAGAGCCGCAUCGCCCUCAACUCAGCCAAGCUGAUCCAGGAGCAGCGGGUCACCAACCUGCACGUGAAGGAGAUCGCCCAGCACCUGGAGCAGCAGAACGACCUGCUGCAGAUGAUCCGCCGCUCACAGGAGGUGCAGGCCUGCGCCCAGGAGCGCCAGGCUCAGGCCAUGGAGGGCACGCAGGCGGCCCUGAGCGUGCUCAUCCAAAUCCUCCGGCCCAUGAUCAAAGAUUUCCGCCGCUACCUGCAGAGCAACACAUCCAACCCUGCCCCCGCCUCUGACCCUGGACAGAUGGCCCCGAAUGGACAGCCGGACAGCAUCAUCCCGUGAGGGGAGGGGUCGAGCCAGCCUUCUGCUGUGAUUGGAUGACACCAGGUGGUCUGUAAGUGGGUUCUGUAACUGGCCUUUGGCUAGGGCCGGCCUCACGGACAGCUCCCUCUUUAAUAGGCACACAGGAGGUCCACCAUUUCUGAGAUAGAAAGGAGACUGGGAAGAGGAACUUGUUGGGGUCCUGAGAUCCAAACUCUUACCCCCACCACUGGAGCUGCCUUGUUAAGAACCUUGUUAAGACUGGUUAGCUGGGGGUCAGGCACUGGGGGGGUGGGACAUGUGUUGCCAUGAGCCUGGGCUCUUGACAUGACCCAGACGCGACCUGGGACCCUUGUAAGGAAGGCUGUCCCUGGGGAAUGAUCACACAGCCCUGGUUCUGUGCUCAAGUGCCCCACCCUCAGGUACCAUCUUUUCAGUAAGAUAUUGGCAGUGGUGCUGGCAGCAGCACAGUGAUAUCUUCUCCCUCCCUCGGGAGGCAGAGUGACAGAGAAACCCCACCCUUUCCUCCUCACUGCGCCUCUGUUCUCAGGGGACUCUAACGCCAUGCUCUUCCCCACCCACUCUGCACAGCAGGGGCCUUUGGUAGUGCCCUGGGCUGCCUCUGCGACACACCUAGGAUACGUCCACGGGCUCAGGAACGCUGUGUGGUGGGGAUGGCUUGGCCGCCAUCUGGUCUUCCACGGCGUCCAGGAGAGCCCUUUAGUGGUUUGUCCCAGGAGCUCUUGACUCAGCUCAAGCAUCAGGCUUUGGGUGCUGUAAAGUUUAGAGAAAGCAACCCAGUGCGGACAUUGUUGCCCCGCUGCAGUGGGUCUGUGGUGACCUGUAGGCUCCUUCCAGAAGGUCUGCUUCCAGCCAGCUCUGUUUAUUCUGUCCAUGAACCCCUCCUGGGAAGACCUUCAGGAUCUCUGGGGGCCACUCUGGCCACGCCCUUCCUUCUUUCCUCUCUCCUGACUGUACAUUUCCAAAACCCUGCAAGCAAACCUCUCAGCAUCACACCCUGGACUCCCUUCACACUCUAUUCAGAGCCUUGAGUUCUUUUGAGAACCCCAGUGGCAGGCUGGGCGAACCCGCAGGCCUGGUUGGCCCUGAAUGUGUGAGGUGGGAGCAUUGCUGACCUAGGAUGCGGGACCUUUGAUGUUUGUGCUUCGGCAGAGCAGACAGACCUCGGAGUCCUGAAGGAGGUGGUGUUCCCUGUUCUGCCUUCUCCCGUUUGUAAGGAGUUUACCCAGAUGGCAUUUGUCUGUUUCAUUUUCAGAAUGAAAUCUGUUGAAUCGAUUACUGAGACCUUGCAUUUUUUUCCAGAUCAUUUCCCAAGUGUGCCAUCUUGCUGCUGGUGCCUUGACCACACAUGACUGAUGGUUACAACUCAAGGCUCCAGAUAAACUACGAAGGUGCUGCCCUUCUGGGCAUGUGCAUUCAGAAUUGCUCGGCUCCACUGUUGCAGUCCCAGGAAGGUGCCCCCACAGGCAGUUGGGAGGUGACUCCUGUGCCACCAGCCUCUCCGUGGAGGACAUGCAGGGCCAGCUACAGAGCAAUGGAGAGGCAUCGGGCCUGUGAGGGGGUUGGGUGGUGGAAGAAAAGCUCUUCUCAGUGUGGCUGGAAAGCAGUAGCCCCUGGCAACCUGGGCACCCUCCCUCCCAGGAGCCUGAGGGCCCCAGCAGGGUAGUUGUGGGGACUGCCUGAGGAUUUUUUAUUUUGGUUUGGUUUUUCUCUGGGGUUAGCAACCUGAGCCAAUAUUGUGUCUGUUCCAAUUGGGUAUAAAGAGGAAAGCCUGGAUCACUUAAACUGACUGGUUCAUUCCAGGUCAUAAUUUUAAAUUAAAGAAAUAUCACUUUUUUUUU